UUAUGUUAAUUUUUCUUGGCGAAGGAUCAUAUUUGUAAAUCUGUACACUUUCUCCUUUUUCCACUUCUCUAAUUCUCAACAAGAAAAAGACAAACCCUCUGCUUCUCUCACUACUUGCUAGCUCUCUGCACGUAACCAAAAACAAUCCAAGAACUCCAACGAAUUUUGAAAGCCCAAAAGAAGACAGAUAAAUAUCCAUUCGUAACCAAGAAGUUUAUCCACUUGCCUCGAUUACCGCAAAAAUAUUUCCUAACCCAUCAAAUUUUCUUGGAUUACAGCUGCAGUAUUAACCCUUUAUUUUCAAGAUCUUUGACAACCCACAAAAGGAAAAAAGAUGAGACAAUCAAGACAUCAAGAAGAUCAUCAGGGCAAGAUUUUCUACGAGUUAUCAGCUUUGGUUUUGAAUAUUCUCCGGUCACCUUCUACGCCUGUUGAUUUCUCCGAUGAGAUCCGACCCGGCCGUUGUCCUCCGGAGAGAACUGAACCGGUGAUGCAGCAGAUUACGCCGGCUGGAUUUGCAUCUCUGCUUCUUGGGGUUUCUUUGACUCUAAUGCUGUCUGGAUCUGUGACUUUUUUCAUUGGGUUUAUGUUGAUGCCGUGGGUUCUUGGAUUGGUUAUGUUUCUUUACUUUGUUGGGAUGGUUUCGAGUAUUUCUAUGAUCGGACGAGCCAUUUUGUGUUAUGGGUCUUCUCCUUCUUCGCCCAGGAAAGAUGUCCCUUCCUGGAAGCUGUUGUGAGGCCAUUUUAGUGGUUCGACAGUACAGGGUAGGAUAUAACAGCACUGUUAUUCUUUUGCCAUGAUGCUGCAUACUGCUAUGUGGAUGAUACAGGAUUGUAGAUAUUUCUCUCUUACGGGUAUUACACAAACUUGUGGAUGUGCAUCUUUCUUCUGCAGAAUGAACUCUAUUGAGCAAUUGAGGAAACUAAUUAGUCAUUUUAACAUAAAGAAAUAGGAAGAUCAAAUUCUGUUGUUACAUGUUUUGGUCCUUUGUUAUUGUUUCAGUGCUUGUGAUAUGUAUAAUCAUUACAAACCUUGUAAUUUUUCGUUUUAAAACUUGUGUUUGCAGAGAAUGGUGAAAUGGAACAAUUGGUCACCUAAAAUCAUCGUGUUUGUGUAACAUUGUUUUCAUUUUCUCCUUCCUGAUAUUGAUCAUGAUGGAAGUGUAAGAUAAUCCUUUUCCACCUCGACUGGCCGAUGGGCACGGUGGAGACUGGUUCUUCAACUGUUGUCUGUUGAUGUUAAAAGGAAGAAGCCCUGAAUGUCAUGGCUUGCAUGAUUUCCAAAAGGGUCUCCAAGUGUGGUGCUAGUCGGAGAAAAAUGAGUGAUUUGUGUAUAAAUUUUAUAUUUUAGUCACUAACAAUAUCAAUAGAACAAGUUGACAG